UUUCUCUCCCACAGACAAUAAGUUUGCGACCUGCUCCGACGACGGGACGGUUCGUAUCUGGGACUUCCUGCGCUGCCACGAGGAGAGAAUCCUGAGAGGUCACGGUGCUGAUGUGAAGUGUGUCGACUGGCAUCCCACCAAAGGUCUGGUGGUCUCUGGCAGUAAAGACAGCCAGCAGCCAAUCAAAUUCUGGGACCCGAAGACCGGACAGAGUCUGGCGACACUCGGUGGCCUGGCAUCCCGUCCAUGAGGGUCUGUUUGCCAGCGGAGGCUCUGACGGCUCUCUGCUCUUCUGGCACACCGGGGUAGAGAAGGAGGUUGGAGGGAUGGAGAUGGCUCAUGAGGGGAUGAUCUGGAGUCUGGCCUGGCACCCGCUGGGUCACAUCCUCUGCUCCGGCUCCAACGACCACACCAGUAAAUUCUGGACAAGGAAUCGGCCCGGUGAUAAGAUGAGGGACCGUUACAACCUGAACCUGCUUCCUGGGAUGUCAGAGGACGGCAUGGAGUACGAUGAUGUGGACCUGAACAACGUGGCCUCCAUCCCCGGUAUGGGGAUCCCUGAGCAGCUGAAGGCCGCCAUGGAGCAGGAACAGAGCAGUAAAGAGGCGGUUCCUGAGGUGGAGAUGUCUAUCCCCGGUCUCGACUGGGGCAUGGACGAAGUCAUGGGUAAAGACACCAAGAAGGUCCCGCAGAAGAAAGUACCGUACGCCAAACCGAUCCCAGCACAGUUCCAACAGGCCUGGGCAGAGAAUAAAGUACCCAUGAUGCCGCCCGGUGGAGAAUUGUCCAAAGACCGGAAGGUGGAGCAGAAAGUGGACGGGAAGAAGAAAACUCAGGCAGAGAUCGAGCAGGAGAUGGCAGCUUUGCAGUACACCAACCCCAUGCUGCUGGAGCAAAUGAAGAUGGAUCGGAUGAACCAGAUGAACGCUGACGGGAACAUGGGCCCCCCACAGGGACAAGGUCCUAUGCCCCCCUUCCCCGGCCCAGGAGGCCCCGGAGGUCCUGGGGGCCCGAUGCCUCCUGGCCAGCAAGGCUUUCCCCCCAGCAUGCCUCCUCAGCAGAUGCCCAACAACAUGGGGCCUCCCAUGGGACCCGGAGGCAUGCAGCCUCCAUUCAUGCCCCCUGGACAGAUGGGGCCACCCUCUGGACCCCAGCCUCACCAGGGGCCCCCUCAGGGCAUGAUGGGACCACCAGACAUGCAAGGACCGCAAGGUAUGCAGAGACAUCCAGGCCCUCCCAGAAACAUGGGUCCCCAAGGGCCUCACGGUAUGGGACCCAGAGGGAUGCAGGGGCCCCCUGGUGGGAUGAUGGGACCCCCUCCUCGAGGAAUGGGUCCAAGGGAUCCGCAGGGGCCUCCACCUCAGGGGGGCAUGAUGGGCCCUCAGGGUCCCAUGCAGGGUGGGAUGAUGGGGCCCCCACCCAGGACACACGGCAACAUGCCAAACAACUAUGGGAUGGGCAACAUGCAGGGGCCCCCGGGAGGGAUGCAUGGGCCUCCAGGAAAUAUGCAGGGACCCCAUGGAAACAUGCAGGGCCCUCCUGGUAACAUGCAAGGACCACAUGGAAACAUGCAGGGGCCCCCAGGAAACAUGCAGGGACCCCAUGGAAACAUGCAGGGACCCCCAGGAAACAUGCAGGGGCCCCAUGGAAAAAUGCAGGGACCUCCAGCAAACAUGCAGGGGCCCCCAUAUAUGCAGCACCAGGGUCAGAACUCGGGGCCUAUGAUGCAUGGGAUGGGGCAGCAGGGGCCCAACAACAAAGGAGACCCUCGGGGGCCGCCACCAAACCACCACAUGGGCCCUCCUGACCGGCAGGGUCCUGGAGGACCAGACCAGGGCUCAGGUCCUUACUGGGGGGACAACCAGCAGGGUCGCCGUGGACCGCAGGACUUUGAUGGAGGCCAGGAAUUCCACAGCAGAAGCGAGGAGGGCUGGAGACCUGGACCUGGGUACCAGGGAGGAGGAGGGGGAGGUCACAGGGGGGGAGGACACCGAGGAGGAGGGAACGGGGGGAACUGGGGCCCCGAGGAGAGGUUCAGUGGAGGAGAGUUCAGAGGACGGAGAGACGACAGGUUCAGAGGAGGAGGCCCCGGCCGGCCUGGAGGUCGAGGUUACCCUGACGAGUACGGUGGCCAGGAGGAGGGCUUCGACGGCCCGGAGGAGAUUGGUCGAGGCUGGGACAACGGAGGCAGAGGGAGGCCGCCUCGAGGAGGAGGUCCACCCAGAGGAGGAGGUCAUGAUGGUUAUCGGGAUGGUCAGCAGAUGCAUGAUGGGUCAUCUCCGGCCGGUCGCGAGCGCUCCUCCUCCCUGCAGGGGAUGGACAUGGCGUCUCUGCCCCCCCGCAAGCGACCGUGGCAGGACGGCCCGGGAACCGGAGACCCCCGAGAGCGAGAGUCCCCGGGAGCUGACGGAG